AUGCAUCAUCAAUGGGAAUGUCUUGAUCUGGACGUGGUGUUUUUGGUUCUUGAUAAAUUGUUGGAACCCAUCGACCGUGUUAGUUUCGGGGUAGUUUGUAAAGAAUGGGGUCGUCUUUCAAGAGCCUAUAAGCGAUGGUGUGAGCGAAAGGUGCUCCCCAUGCUUCUAGUCCCUAGCGACUACGAUGAAUCACGUCAGGAAUGGCGUUAUGGAAAGAAGAACAGACGACCAAAGCACCAAGGAUUACUGUACAGCAUUUUGGAACGAAGAAUCUACAGCCAUGUGCAGAGUCUUCUGCUCCCAUCAGUAAGUAAACCAAGACGUGGAUGUAGCAGAUACUAUCGUGGAUGUGGUCAUGGUUGGGUGGCCAUGAUAGACAUGGAUGAGUUUAGAAGGGAAGUGAUUAUAACUCUCGUCAACCCCUUCACAACUGCAAUGUUGCAGCGUUUCCCUCCAUUGGAAAUCUAUGGCUGGGGUAUCCCAAAAGUUAUCUUGUCCGAAGAUCCGACUUUGAAUCAAGACAAUUAUGUGGUUGUAGCUUUAUCUGAUCAUGACUCCUUGGAUUUCAUCAAAGGAAGACAAGAUUGGUAUCAUAUCGAAUGCAAACCGUACCUCGCAGAGUUUGAACAUUGCAAAUUUACUGAUGCUAUAUUUUACAGGGGCCAAAUCUAUAUGGCUGAUAAUUGUUGCGGAAUAAUUGCGGUGUUCGAUUACAAAAGCAAACAACAAAUGUACUUGGAAAAGUUAUGCACACCAUUUCAAAAUUUAUCACAACGAGCUGAACGAGCCUAUCUUGUGGAAUCAAUCAAGGGAGACUUGUUGUAUAUUUUAAGAUUUACAACAUUAAAGAGUUUAGACGAAGGCCAUGUGACCGAGAAUUUUAGGGUAUAUAAGAUGGUGCUCAAUGGAUCCAUUGUGGAGCAUGUUGAGAUAAAGAGCAUUGGAGACGAGGCUUUGUUUGUUGGUGACAGUCAUUCAAUAUCUUUAUUGGCUUCAAGCUCUUCAGGAUCGUGUCAACCAAAUUCGAUUUACUUUACAGAUGAUUCGAUAAAUUUUUGCCUAUAUUUAGAUAACUACGGCGGACUACAAGUCCUCGACAAGAAUAUUGAAGUAAAAGUUGAUAUGGGCAUCUUCCAUUUAGAGGAUGGAACUAUUAGCCAAUAUUACCCAAAAUAUUCCUUUGACAGUAAGCUGCUACCACCCGCUUUUUGGAUUAUACCACCGGCCGUUUAA